AUGAAAUUCGGAAAGUACCUUGCCAAACGGCAAUUGGAGGUGCCCGAAUAUGGAAACUACUUCAUCAACUACAAGGCGCUCAAAAAGCUCAUCAAGUCGCUGUCCAACCAGGCGGCGGCCGGAGGGAACGUCGAGCAGGCGCUGAGAGACAACAAGGCCACGUUCUUCUUCCGGCUGGAACGAGAGCUCGAAAAGGUCAACUCGUUCUACCUGCAAAAGGAGGCGGAGCUCAAGCUGCGAAUCGACAUUCUCAUGGAGAAAAAGGCCGACGCGUACGCCUCGGGCUCGCUAACCUCGUCCACCUCCGUGUCGUACAUCUCGCUGUACGAGGGCUUUCAGCGGUUCCGUCGUGACCUGUCCAAACUCGAGCAGUUCAUCGAGCUCAACGCCACGGGCUUCUCCAAGGUGCUCAAAAAGUGGGACAAGCGGUCCAAGCAGCAGACCAAAGAAUUGUAUCUGUCACGAGCAGUAGAGGUCCAACCCGUGUUCCACAGAGACAUUCUGGCGCGUCUCAGCGACCAGGCGUCGUCUUCCAUUCUGGAGCUGGAGGCCUGGGCCGACGGAGACGUGAUUUUCGACGACUCUCGACGAGGCUCCGAGAUCCAGGCCGCCACAGCCCCAGCCACAGCUCCCGCCACAGCCCCCGUCACAGCCCCCGUGGCCCCAGUGACGGCUCCCGGAGCCAAGGACGACGAUCUGUACUACGAGUUUGUCGAAACCGCCAGCGCCGAAAACGUGACGACGGCAGACAUCUCCGAGUGGGUGGAGGUGCUCAAGAAGGUGCGAGACGCAAAGUCCCGAGUGACGCGUAUUUUCUUGCUGUCCAUCUCCACCUCGGCGUCCAACGCGGCUCUCUUGGCGCUCUAUGAAUCCGGACUCGUUGAUCUGAACGCCAGCGACGCUCUCAACGGCCGGAACGUGCUCCACGAGGCCGCCAUGGCAACAGCUGUCGACCGAACAGCCAUUCUGGAGCUCGCAGUGUCACAGGGCGUGUCAUUAUUGGCACGUGACUUUUACGGCCGAACGCCCCUCCACUACGCCUGUCUCCACAACCAGCGAAAGCUGCUCAAAAUGUUUGUGGACCAGGGCGCGGAGGUCAACGCGCUCGACAAGGACAACUUCACGCCGCUGCUGUACUCCGUCAUCAACCAGUACUCCGACUGUGUGCGUGAUCUCAUCUCCAUGGGCGCCUCUGUGGACGCCGUGUCGGACAAUGGAUACAUCCCCCUCAAUCUGGCGUGCCAGUACGGUGUGUACGACGCGUCCGAGAUCAUUUUGCAAAACAAGCCGCGUCACGAACCCGACGCCGAGGGCCUGUUUGCGCUUCACAUUGCUGCCCGAGCAGGACACUCAUCCCUCGUGAGCCUGCUGCUCAAGUACGACGCCGACGUCAACGAGCUGGACAAGCUGAACCGGUGGACGGCAUUGUUUCAUGCCGCCAACGAGGGCCAUGAGCAGGUCCUCGAGACUCUUCUUUCUGCCGGAGCCAGAACCGACAUUCUGGACGAGGAACGGCACUCGGCACUGUACUACGCAGCCUGGGAGGGCCAUGUCAAGUGCAUGCACCGGCUGGCCGACCUGGAGGCGACCGUCAAGCUCCAGGAGGUGGAUAUCGACAUGAAGUCGCCGGUGGACGUGCAGAUCAACGACCUGAGCGGGCUGGACGAGCUGGACGGAAUCCCAGACCUGUCUCUGCCCCCUCCCAUUCUUCCCUUCCGAAGAUAUGGCCACAACUUCUUGGACCAGAAGAUUUUCGUGCUCAUCACGUUAGCAGGCUCGACUCCCGUGAAGUUUGUUUCUGAAGAAGCCACUCUGUCGUCUGGCCAGUUGCGAAUCUCGUCCAAAAACGACCACUCGGUGAUUCCCCGGUCUGUUCCUCUGGCCAUGUCUGAUACAGACCGAGCCAUGUCGUUCCAGCUGGACUCUCUGGACGACUUUGCGCUGGAUUUCGAGAUUUUCCCUACAUUUGGAACCCGAAUCAUUGCGAAAACAGCUGCCCUGCCCUACAUAUGGCGAGCCACCCUUACACAGUUCCACCAGAGCUACACGUUGCCUCUGUUUGACAUGCGACUGCAUACUAUUGGUGAAAUGUCGUUUGACGUGCAAGUGGUUCGACCCUACAAGGGUACUCCUCUUGAAAUCACAAAAUACGACACGUACUGGAAGAGCACAGGCACUUCGCAGCAGUCGCUAUCGUUCGUCACAGCCUCGUCGGUUUCCGGACAAUAUGCUCGUUUGACUAUCUGCGUCACUUCGGACGGUGUGCCUGUGGUCACUCCCUCCUGGAAGGUGGAUGUGGGCCAUGGUAUUCGCGUUGGAGUCAACACUCUGACGUAUGAAGAGCUUAAAAAGUGCACAAACGGCGUGGUUAGCGACCUAUCUACGGUCUCUGACCCCGUGGAGGUUCACAGAGUGCUCUCUAACUCCACGCUGCCUCUUGCAGAAGUGCUCAAGCUGCUCCCCAUCACCGUCAAGCUUGAUCUGAACGUGAUCUUCGCUGCAUCUGACCUCAACCAUUACGUGGACACGGUUUUGGAUGUGCUGUUUGCUCAUGCACGUGACACUCACGACACUAACCGCAUGUCGAACGGCGAUCCUGCUCCUCGAGCCACCCGGUCCAUCAUUCUAUCGUCCGUCAACCCCGACGUAUGUACUGCCCUUAACUGGAAGCAGCCCAACUACCCUGUCUUCUUUGUCAUGCGAAAUGGUACUUUCAACGAGCCCACCGAUCUCGACCGGGUUUCUGUGUCUGUCAAGGAGGCUGUGCUGUUUGCUAACGGCAACAACAUGCUUGGUUUGGUCUGCGAUGCGCGGUUGCUAAAUCUGGUGCCUGCUCUAGUGGAGAGCAUCUGUUCGUCGGGUCUGGUGCUAGUCAGUGAUGGAGAGCAUGAGUGCAAGGGAGUCAAGGCAAUGCGAAAUGAGAGCGUGGUGGAGUUUCACAACAGCAUUGAUGUUUAA